GAGAACAGGUUAGUUGAGUGAAGGUGAGCCAGGAAGCAGCUUGUGCUAAUUUCUUUACAUGAGUUGCAGGCUUGUAUUACAGCACAGCUGAAGGGAGCCAGUGAAUUCAUGGGAACCUAUUGAAUAUCUGAUUCUCCUGCGAGUUGACUCUAGAGGAGUAGGGACCUGACAAUGGGAGACAUUCGAGAUUUCCAGACUCAUCCAGCCCAGCGAGAUAUCCUUACAGAUGGAGAGCAGUGUUCUACAUGGAGAGUAGCUGCUGAGAAGAUGCCUGCUGUUAUAAAGAUGAAUACAGGUGAGGACAUGGCCUACAGGAAGGUGCGUGCAGGUCAUCGGGGCUCGUUGCGCUCGCGGGACCUGGAGAGGGAGGAGCUGCAAGCUGCGACUCUCGAGCUGGAGUGGGACAUGGAGAAGGAGCUGGAGGAGCCCGGUCUGGACCGCUUCCAGCUGGAGUGUGUCGAGCGACAGCCUGUGGGCAACUCCGUCGGAGGAGGUGGGGGGGCCGACCUGGACCUGGAGCCCAUCCAGCCCUCCACUUCUCCGCACGGACGAUUCCAGCGCCUCCAGGAGGAGCCCAGCUACGGGUCCCGCUUCACCCGGGCAGCUUCCAAAGCACAGAGGAGGGCUGAGAACUGGAGCUGGGCAGUCAAGUACAUCUUAGCUGGAGCAGGGGUGUUCAUCCUGGGGCUGGUGAUCGGACGGUACACACACAGCACAGAGGAACAGACAUCAGGUGUGCCGUCAGAUGUGGAUGUGCUGGAUAGUGUGUUGAGGGGCAUCACAGCAGAGGAUCUGCGGGCAUUAAAAAGGAAUUUAACUAUGGUCAAUAGCUCAUGGUCAGAACAAAGUGAGUUGUUCAGAGUGUCACUUCUUGUGCAGAAGUGGAGGGACUUGGGCCUGAGGGACAUUCACCUGUCCAAUUACACCGUACUCCUCAGCCACCCGGGCCCUUCCCCCAGCACCAUCAUCGACAAGCACACCAAUCAGUGUUUUCUGCCCAAUGGAGAAGGGUGUGAUGCCACCAGUCCCCUUCCAGCAGCAGACCCAAGCCCUUUCUUUGCUGCCUACUCUGCCGUGGGGAGUCUGGAGGCGGAGAUUGUGGAUGUGCAGUAUGGCAGCAUAAAGGACCUGACCCAAGCCAAGGCCUCGCUGAAUCUCACCAACAAAAUAGCAAUAAUGAAGCUUGGACAAGCACCUUUACUGUAUAAGCUCUCCCUCUUGGAAAAGAUGGGUUUCGGCGGGGUGUUGCUUUACGUGGAUCCAUGUGAUGUCCCCAGCGAGGUCAAUAUCUGGCACAAGGCCUUUGGUGUCACUCUGAACCCUGGAGGCGAUCCAUCAACCCCAGGAUACCCAAGCAUCAAGGGAAGCUACCGUGUGCAGAGGCCCUACCUAACAUCACUGCUGGUUCAGUCCAUCUCUGCAGGUCUGGCCAAAGAGAUUAUGUCUGCACCCACUAUGGGUGAGGGACAUCCCUGUACCCCGCUGGCUAUGCAGUCUGCCUCAGACAAAAGAAUAAUCACAUUAAAUGUCACGACCCAAGCAUCAUACAGGACAAUUCACAAUGUCAUUGGCUAUCUGAAAGGAAGGAUUAAUCCAGAUCGAUAUGUUCUGGUGGGCAGUCGUCAUGGCAGCUGGCAUGAGGGUUCUUCAGAGGACUGGAGUAGUGGUGCUGCCAUCAUGACUCAGCUCAUUUCCUCUAUGAUGUCUCAGGCCCAUCUGGGCUGGCAGCCAGACCGUACCAUCAUUUUCACCUCCUGGGGGGGGUCAGCACUUGGUAGCAUUGGAUCAUUUGAGUGGGGGGAGGAGAAUCGGGUGGUGUUGGAGAGCAGUGCUGUUGCUUACAUCAGUCUCUACAGUCCAGUCCGAGUCGGGAGGUCAUCUUGUUCCACAGCCUCGCCCUCACUAUUUCAACUGGCCUCCGACAUCCACAAGAGACACUUGAGGAGCUGCACUCAGAAUAGCUGUUGCCCUGGUCCGAACAUCAGCUCCCUGCAGAUCCCUGGGGAUGUGAGCUUCUUCGCCAACCAGCUUGCCAUCCCCACUGUGCAGUUUACAUCCUCCUCGACCAGGACCCUGGAGACAAGUUUCCUCUCUGAGGCCUUCUUCCCCUCAGACCCAUCCACUGACAAGGCCUCAGAUCCCUCCUUCAGACUCCACGAGGCUGUGGCUAAGAUGACAGCAGAGGCCAUACUGCGUCUGAGCACCGACCCGGUCCUCCCCUUCUACCCUCUAGACAUUGCCCUAGAUGUACAAAACAAACUCAAAGAUGACCCUCUGCAGACAGCCGAGCUGCUGGCAGCCGCCGCCAUCUUGAGAGACAAUUCCACCUUCCUCCAGUCCGAGAGCAUGCGGCCGGCCAACGACCCCAAGGAGAGGGACCCCUCCCACGUGCGCAUGCUGAACGACGUCCUGCAGGGCCUGGAGAAAAGCUUCCUCAUCCCCGCCCCCCCAGCUGGCUUGUGCAGGAACCUUCUGUAUGGGCUGAGCACGCAGUCCUCCCGUUUCUCCAUACUGAAGGAUGCCCAGGAAGUGGAAAGGCCUGUAAACCAGACUCUAUCUUUUGUUUUCAAUGCCAUCAGGUCAGCUCAGAAACUUGUCCAGAGUGGGCUUGAACUCUUUGAGAAUGACCCAGACAGUUCCCACUGACACCGAGCAUUUUGGAGAGAUUGUCGGCAUAGUCCCACUCUCAGCAGGCAUAGUGGAGGCGCACCACCCGAGGAAAAACCCGAACAGCAACCAACUUUAAUAUGAUUGUUUUGCACUGAUUAUCUUGAUAACCAAAACUGUCAAGGGCUUGGAAGAGUAGUACUAUUUUAAGCAAUAUGAAUCUUAUUGUUUGUGACAGUGUCCAUACAAGGCUUUUGGUUCAUUUUUCAAGGUCUGUACCAAAUGUCUUUAGGGAAAUUAGCUUAUUUGCCGUCUACCCCACUUAGCCUAUAGGUCCCUUUUAGCUGUAGUGUAAUCCACUUCCAAGCUAGGCUAACAGUGUCAGACUGAAUUAUUGCACACACAUAUAUAAUAGGAGAGAAAGGUAUGUGUCUUUAACUCUGGGUAGAAAAUAAGCUUAUUCCAAAAAAAGUUGGCGUGUUCCUAAGAUGAAGACAGGAAGCUUAACUGAUAUUAAAUGGAAACAACACAGCAACCAAAAAGGUUAGUAGAUAUACAGUAUAGUACAGAUACAAAACUAGCAUACUGGAAAACAUGAAAUCAUUAUUUAUUAUUUUUUGAGGAAAUGUACAGUAUGUCUUAGUAUCCAAACCUUAUAAAAAAAAAAACAUUGGGGCAAUCAAAUUAGCUUAUAAUAUAAAUUCAUGCAGUCCUGUUCAGUUGAAAGAAAUCCAUUUAAUAGUUUACAUUUCUUAGGGUUAGGGUGAUUAACGUGUGAGUAACUAGUGCAAUGCACUAGUAUAUCCAAUAAUGUGUUAAUGCAGCUGGUCACAUUCAGUGCUUGCUGAGAGCAGAGAAGUCUGAGGCCCAUGGUGUGCCUUAUAUCCAUGACUUUGUGUUACUGAUGAGAUAAACGAUGAGUAAUGUGGAGAAACAGUCACACAACAGGAAGUUAGGCUUGUAUUUAUGACCACCAGCAGACAAAAUACAAAACACAAAUGUUCUUACAGGAAAGAAACUGCUCCCUUGGUCUGUUCUGGUAGCACCUCUCUGGAUAUACUGAAUUUAUAUUUAGGUUGAGCGGUAGACACUUUAUCCCUAUUAUUUGGAUAAAACAAAAUGCAUAAUUUGUUGUAUCUUGCAAUGCUAAGAGGUUGAGACUACCAUGUACUGGUAGUUGAUUUUUUAAAAGCACAGAGGCUUCAAUGCUUACAUUUACUUAAAUACUCAUGCAGCUAUAAUGUCAGAGUUUGACACCAGAUGUGUGUGUUUGUGAACAAUAAGUGGACAAAGAAACUUUGAGUUCAAAAACUGUGAGUUGCAUACACAUAAUGCACACAUUCAUCAUGCAUCCUUUGAAGGCUUAAUCAUAGUGUACCUGUAUCAAUAACCGUAUGCAGUUAUGAAUAUUCACUAAUUGACGUUGUACUUUUGUAUCAUAUGAAGGCUACAGUUAUUUUGCUUUAACUGUGAUAGAUACUAUGCCUGCAAUUUUGGUGCACUUUAAAUUGGAUUGCUUUUGAGAGAGAAUUUCAGGUGUUGUGAUUUGUAAAUGAACAUGUUAAAUUACUUGACGUUAAAAACUAAACUAAAACAGGCCAAUUUUGGGACACUUGAAUCAGGGAAUCAAAUUUAACCAAGCUUUACGUUCUUAAUGUGCCUUUCGGUUAAGAAGCAUCCGUGCAGUAAAAAUAAUGUGACAAUUGUCAAUAUCAAAACAAGGAAACAAGAAACAGUUUCACAUCCAAAUGUUUUAUCCAAAUGUUUCAUCCAAACAGUUUCACAUCCUUUCUUCAGAUUUCAACUUUUAAUGUGUAUGGGUGAACAAAAGGACAUCCAAGAUUAAUGACAAAUGUAAAACUUGUUUAUUCAUAAGCUUUCUUCCUAGCAUUUGACAUGAAAUGGUUCCAUUCAUAUGUGUACCGUCUACUUAGCUACAGUACACAAUGACAGAACUGUCCUCUUUCACUGUUCCUCAUUGACCAACAACAGAAAUUACUUCUGAGCUGCUUUUAACUAAAAUCACUGAUUUCCACUGUGAUCUGUUGUAGUUUGCUACAGUAUGUUCCCUUUCUGGGAGCAAAGUGUAAUUAUUUAUGAGUAAUACACUUACAUGAGAAAGAGCAUGUUACUUUUUAAACUUUUUAAAUCCUUUGGAUUCUUUUUUGAAUGAAAUGUAGAAAUCCCACAUCUACUGUACUGAGUAAGUGAGUUAAAUGAAUGUAUGCCAAUAUGCAUAGUGUAUGUGGGUGAAAAUACCAUGACUUCUUGAAUGAUUUGAAUGAUGUUGGAUAUCAAAUAUUCUAUCAGGUGUGUGGCUCAUGCUUUACACUUUCCAUAAAAGUUUACCAUAUUUGGGGUUUCUUUUUUUGUAAAAUAAACAUCAUGACGGUAGAAAAUGAGUGCAGAAUAGAAGCAGUAAUGUGUACAAAAUAUGAUGUAGAUUUGCACUAAAACCUUAUCAAACUUGUCAUUAUUUUCAUAUCAGGACAAUAUCUGCAUGUUUAAUGUCUCUUACACUUACACAUACUGUAAGUAAUGAAGAUCUAAACCCAACUCUUAAAGGUUUUACCUUUAGCUCUGACAUCUGAGCUAUCUUUACAUGCUCACUCGUGUAAGGACGACUUUGUCAAAAGACUACAGCAGAUAGACAGGGUCAGGGAGUGUGUCAACUCUAUUUAAUGACAUUAUAUUUAAACAAGUUUCAACAACUAUUCUAAUUAUGUUUGUUGUUCAUUAUUUUAUGAUGUUAUCAUGGUAAGAGGAUGCUUUUAUUUUGAUUUAUUUAUUUUAGAACUCUGCGGUGUCUGGCAUCACCACAGGAGAGAAAAAUAAUGGGCUGGUUUGUCUCCCUCUCCCUCCCUCCUUUCAUCCCUAACUAUGAUGAGACUCUUGUUACAUAUCCACUCACUGUUGUGAGUAUUAAAAUGGCUAUUAUUCUACAGUGGCCAUUGGUAAACUCUCUAUCACUAUGGUUUUGUACGAAAUAAUGAUCUGUUAAGGAGAUGUGAAGUCACAGUCACUGAGCUGUUUGGUUUUGCUAAGAUGUGAUGUGAAGUUUCAUAUGUGAUGUCUGCAUUCAGGGCUGAAAAGAUUAAUUGUCAGGGGGAGAGGAAAGAGGUGGAUUUCGUACAAGAGAGUAAAGAAAUUCAUAGAGAGCAAAAUGUUAGGCAUGUACAAAUGCAACCCCUAUCACAAUUGUCUCUCAAUUACGUGUCUCUGCACAAACUACUGGUUACAUUUUGUCUUUAUGUUUCUUAUGCAUGAAUUUGUCCCAGCUGGUUUGGCUUGCUGAAUGAAUUUGUAGCAAUAAACUGAUUUCUACAUAAACUUU